AUGAUGUCUCUAAAUGACACCAGCUUCCCAUCCACAUUUUUCCUGGCUGGUAUACCGGGUCUGGCUUCUGCACACACUUGGAUUUCACUUCCCUUCUUCUCCAUGUUCUUCAUGGCUGUGACUGGGAAUUGCAUCCUCCUCUUCCUCAUCUUCACGGAUCGUAAUCUCCACCAGCCCAUGUUCUUCUUUCUUUCCAUGCUCUCCUUUGUUGACCUGGUCCUUUCUCUUUCCACCCUGCCCAAGAUGCUCACCAUCUUCUGGUUUGAUGCCACAGCCAUCAGCAUCCAUGCCUGCCUCAUCCAAAUGUUCUUCAUCCAUGCUUUCUCUGCUAUGGAAUCAGGGGUGCUGGUGGCGAUGGCACUGGAUCGCUACGUGGCCAUCUGUAACCCACUGCGUUACUCUUCUAUUCUCACCCCAGUGGUCAUCGCCCAAAUCGGUGGACUAGUGGUGUUUCGGGGCAUCGGACUCACCGUCUCCUUCCCGAGCCUGGCUCGACGUCUGCCCUACUGUAGGUCACACGUCAUUGCCUAUACCUAUUGUGAGCACAUGGCGGUGGUGAAACUGGCCUGUGGGGACACCACCGUGGAUAACAUCAAUGCCUUCGUUGUGGCACUCUUCCUGGGGAUUGGUGAUGUAGCUUUCAUCGCUUACUCCUACGGCCGUAUCCUACAGACAGUAUUGAAUUUCCCAUCCCGUGAGGCACGGGCCAAGGCAGGGAGUACAUGCACUGCCCACGUGAUUGUUAUUCUUUUCUUUUACAUGCCAGGUUUCCUGUCUGUUAUUAUGCAGCGCUUUGGACCACCCACAGCCUCUGCAGCCAAAGUCAUCUUUGCCAAUCUCUACCUGCUCUUUCCACCUGCUCUCAACCCUAUUAUCUAUGGGGUCAAGACAAAGCAGAUCCGGGAGAGGUUGCUCAUGAUCCUGAAUCCCAAGCAGAUUGAUCCCACCUAA